AUGCUCGCCCUCGCUCUUCUCGCGACGCCCUCAAACGCCGCGUCUCGCCCCCAUCCGCGGCGCGGGGGGGCACUCACCGACACUCGCAACCGCACCGACUUCAGCAUCAAGCUCGAGACCGACGCGCCGUCGCUCGCCCUCGCGGCGUCUGCCUCGCGCAAACCCAACAAGGCCGCGGGGCUCCUGCUCCACCAAGACGUCCUCGGGGGUGGGUGGGCGCUGUUAGGUGCCUGUCCGGACGUCGCCACCUUCCAUCCAACCUUCUCCUUCCCGUUCAACAUCUCCAAGUUCAGCGGCGCCGCCUCGCGCGCCGCCGCCCCGACCACCCUCAAGCCCAUCGGCGCCGCGGCCGACGCCGAGAUCGCCUCCUUUGGCGAGGCUGCCGGCGCGGUCAAGAACGGCGACGUCUCGCUCGCCGACUCCACCGCCAACUCCGUCGGUCUCACGUGCGGCGGCGGCGCCGCCCCUGUGUGGUGCGCGGAGCCGCCGCCGCCGCUCGCCGAGCUCUGCGUCUCCGAGGAUCCGAUCAAGGCCUCGGGCUCCACGAGCAACGAGACGGUCUGCACGACCGCCACGGCCCACUCCAAGGGCGAGGCCGACGAGACGGACACAAAGCCGUCGCCGUCACCCGAGCCGUCGCCGUCACCCGAGCCGUUUCCCGAGUUUCCCGAGCCGUCGCCGUCACCCGAGCCGUCGCCGUCACCCGAGCCGUCGCCGUCACCCGAGCCGUCGCCAUGCCAGCCUGGCGUAAACUGCGUCGACGGCCCGUGCUCGCUCACCGACGGCGGCUCGUGCGCCGCGUCGCCAAACUACCCGAACAGCUACGGCGACAGCGAGGAGUGCACCAUCAGCGGCGUGCCGCCGGUCGAGCUGGAGACGGUCGCCUUUGAUGUGGAGGCAGGCAACGGCUGCCCCUACGACUACCUCACCGUCAACGGAACGAAGUACUGCGGCACCUCGGGGCCGAGUGGCGCGAUCUGCUGGGCGACCCGGCCGCCUCCACCGCCGUACCCGUCUCAAAUGGCACCCACUCCACCGCCGCCGCUUCUCCCUGGCGGCUACUUCAUCACCGGCCCGUGCUCGCUCACCGACGGCGGCUCGUGCGCCGCGUCGCCAAACUACCCGAACAGCUACGGCAACAACGAGGCGUGCACCAUCAGCGGCGUGCCGACGGUCGGGCUGGAGUUGAUCGGUUUUGAUGUGGAGGCGGGCGACGGCUGCCCCUUCGACUAUCUCACCGUCAACGGCACAAAGUACUGCGGCACCUCGGGGCCGAGUGGCGCGAUCUGCUGGGCGACCCGGCCGCCUCCACCGCCACCAGCGCCGCCUCUACCGCCUCCACCGCCUUCACCGCCAUCAGCGCCGCCUCCACCGCCUUCACCGCCUUCACCGCCAGCUCCGCCGCCUUCACCGUCAUCACCGCCAACACCGCCGCCGCCGCCGCCGCUGCCGCCGCUCUCCCCCGGCUAUGUCGCCGCGGAGAGCGAGGACCAGCUCCGCAACCUGAUCGAGGAGCCGACGUCUGCCGACGUCUCCAUCUACCUGCCUCCCAGCGACGUCGAGAUCAUCGAGUCGGUCGUGAGGGACUGCUCGGCUACCUAUUUCGGCGGCGUCGUCUGGACGCAGGACAGUGGUGCGGUCUCGAUAAUCGGCUCGACCGUCGCCGGCUGCUCGGCUGGCAAUGUCGGCGGCGUCGUCAGGGCGCUGCGCAGUGGUGCCGUCUCGAUAACCCGCUCGGCCGUUUCGGGCUGCUCUGCUGAUUGGGGCGGCGUGGUCUUCGCGUCUAGCAGCGGUGCGGUCUCGAUAAUCGGCUCGACCGUGUCGGGCUGCUCUGCUCGAUACGGCGGCGUCGUCUGGGCGCAGGACAGCGGUGCGGUCUCGAUAAUCGGCUCGGCCGUGUCGGGCUGCUCGGCUGGCUAUGUGAGCAGCAUCCUCGGCCUCGUCUACGGCGUCCGCCUCGACGAGCACUUUACCCGCUGGCUCGCCGUGCUCAAGCUGUUCAGCCUGGACCUGUUUGGCGUCGCCAUCCCCGGCAGCUGCAUCGGAGCCAUGAGCACGCGGCUGCUCGUCGCGGGCACCUGGCCGUACGCCGCUGUCGCCUUCGUGUCGCUCGCCAUUGUGGUGGCGGCGGCGGUCCUCAACAACAAGCAGGCAUUCGACCGCCAGCUGCUUGGCCGCCUCCUUUACUGGGCGAUCUUCAUCUUCUACCUGGUGCUUCCCUCCGUCUCGCGCUCCAUCUUCAGCGCGAGGCUGUGCGAGUCCUUUCGCUACGACGACGCGACAGGCCAGCGCAUCAGCUUCCUGCUCGCCGACCCGUCGCUCACGUGCGACGCCGGCCCUACGUGGGAAGACGAGGCGAGCGGACUCGCACCGUACUUUUGGGCCUUCUUCGCCCUCUGGCCCGUCCUCGUGCCGCUCGGCUUCCUGGCGCUGCUGCUCCGCGUCCGCAAGCCCGUGGCUGCGCAGCGCGCAACGCCGCUCUCUCGCGCAACGAGCUUCCUGUGGCGGGACUACUCUGGCCGCUUCCUCUUCUGGGAGGUGCUCGACCUGGUCCGCAAGAUCUUCCUCACCUCGAUGGUGCUCUUCAUCGACCAGGAUUACGGCUCCCGCAAGCUGCUGCGCACCGUGGUUGCCGCCAUCGUCUCGGCCAUGUUUCUCACCUGCCUAGCGCUCGCCCGACCCUACCGGCGCUCCGACGACCUCUGCCUCGCGUGCAUCGCCAACCUGCUCCUGACCUGCUGCUUCGCCUCGGGAGUGGUCAUCCAGCUGUGCGACAGCACCGCGUACGAAGACAUGUGCUACAACCUCGUUGGCUACACGACUUCUCGCGGCGCCACCACCUUCGUCGUCGUCCUCACCGCGGUCAUGCUCGCCAUCUCGCUAGCCGUCAUCGUUGUAUUGGCGGUCAGCGCCUCGAGGGCGAAGACCAUGCGGCUCGCCUCUUCGAUGCGGGAGCCGAUGCGCGACGGCAUCACCCUCGCCGACGGCCAGCAGUGGCACCUCUUCCUCAGCCACGUCUGGAGCACGGGCCAGGACGCCGUCGCCGUCAUCAAGAACGAGCUGCAGCAGUUCCUGCCCGGCUGCGAGAUCUUCCUCGACGUCGACGACCUCAAGAACAUCGGAGAGCUGGAGGCGUACAUUCGUCGCUCGCAGGUGGUGCUCUGCUUCCUGUCGCGGGGCUACCUGCGCUCGACGAACUGCCUGCGAGAGGUCCGCGCCGCGCUGGAGAUGGGCAAGCCGCUCGUGCUCGUCCACGAGGCAGACCCGGACAAGGGCGGAGGCACGCUCGCCGAGCUGCGAUCCGAGUGCCCCGAGGAGCUGCGGGCCGCCAUCUUUGACGCCGGCUGGCCGAUGGCGGUGUGGCAUCGGAUCGAGGCCUUCCAGCACGUCUCGCUCAAGGUCAUCGCCGAGGCGCUGCUGCUGAAGACGCCAAAGUACGAGGGAGAGGACGAGCUGCCCCUGUGCAUCCCGGGCGAGGUCCGAGCCGACGACCUCGCCUUCCCCAAGCCGGUGGUUCUCUGGGCCUCGACUUUGAACGCCGGGGCGCGAGAUCUCGCCGAAUCGGUCGCGGCGGCCGUGGCUGGCGGCGUCUCGAUCACCGACGCAACGCCCUCGCGCCUCUCCUCGCUGCCUCACUCGAGCGACAGCGGCGGAGAUGGCGACGAGGCGACGCACAUGCUGCUCUACCUGAACAGGUCGACGUGGGCCGGCGAUGGCGCCGAGGCGCUCGCAGAGCAGGUGCGCGCCGCGCGCCGCGCCAGGCUGCCGAUCGUCAUGGCGCACGAGAACGACGCUCUCUGCGGCGGCUGCAUCUUUGGCCACUUUUUCGAGGUGACGCCACGCGACCUGAUUGCCGAUGGGCUGUACUACGACCUCGCCGUCGGCUGCCACGCGGGCCCGCACCGGCAGGUGUCGCUCGCCCUCCUCGCACAGGCGCUCGGCGCGACCAAGCAGACGGCUCAGUCGCGCGCGCGCCGCGCCACCGCCCUCGCUCUAGCGAUCCGCGGCCCCUCUACACAAACGGAGCCGUCGAAUGGCGACGACGUUGUGGAAGCGUCAGCGACGCAGGACCGCCAGAUUGUCUGA